UAACUUUAAUGUCUUUACUCCCUGGAAGCUUGGUAUUGCUAUAUAUAGCACGGUAAAAGAUCUGGGAGGACAUAUGAAUCGUGCUUGUUUUAACCUGUUUCGCCUUUCUAAUCUGUUUUAAACCUUUUUUUUCCCAUCUAAACUUGUUUUUUCUUCAGUAGUCACCUUACUCAAAAAAUGGUGACACUGAAACAUGAUAGCCAUGAGCAUGAACUCAAUCUUACAGAAGUUGAUGCUUAUAUGGUAGGGAAAGGCAAGUGUGGUGUUUGCGAAAUGCAGAUUAAUGAAGCCUCUUCGAUAUACAAAUGCCUUAGAGAAGAUUGUCCUAACAAUUCGCUAUCAUUAUUCUUCUUUCUCCACAAAAGCUGCGCGGAAUUACCAAAACAAAUCACGCACCCUCACCACCCACAGCACUCGCUUGUCCUUGGCCGUGAGUAUAAUCAAGAAAUUGUGAAAUUGACGAGAGGAUCACUUCCACACCUCACAGCAUGCAAGCUUUGCUCGCGUCAGAUAGAUGAACAAAUGUGGAACUAUUUUUGUAAGGCUUGUUCUUAUGAGUUUCUGCUUCCAACCAAUGCAUACCUACAUAUUUUUACGUUUUCUUUGUGCAUAAGAUGCGCUAUAAUGGAGCCGGCUAUUCAUCAUGAAGGACACAAGCAUCACAGAUUAACGUUACUAAGGAGGCAGCUCUCGUUAAUCUGUGAUGCUUGUGGAAUAACAAAAGAAAAUGACUUUUGUUAUUCAUGCCUCCCGUGUCAAUUCUGGAUCCACAGCAGUUGUGCUGCUUCACCAGCCACCAUUAAGCUCCGGUUUCACCAGGACGACACGCUCCACCUGAUCUAUUCUGUUCCUCACAUGUACAGAAGCUUCACGAGACACUGCCAAAUCUGUAAGAAUGAAGUUUUGAAAGAUAAGUGGGCUUAUUUCUGCGAAGACUCUGGAUAUUUCGUCCACAUAACGUGUGCCAGAACAUUGUUAGCAUAUGGCGAAAAUGAGAUUAAACACGAGGCAGAGGAGGAAGAGGAGGAUUAUGCACAACCACAUCCUGAUCUGCUGCAAUUUCCAUUGCCUAGCACCGACUCUUUAGUCGCGAAUCUGCUGGCAUACCACCAAUUAAAAAAUCCAUCAACCAUAACCAAUCCAAUAGCAGAGGAGCCAGUAAUUCAGCAUUGGAGUCAUGAACAUCAUCCAUUGGUUCUCUCGGAAAAAUCUACUUUCAAGGGUGAUGCUGACAGUGAUGAUGAUGAGAACGACGACAUCUUAAUUUGCAACGGAUGCACUACUCCCAUCUUAAAUCAACACAAAUACUAUCAGUGCAUCCGCUGCAACUACUUCCUCCAUAUUUCCUGCGCCAAUCACUUGCCAAUCAAGUUCCCCGCGGGAAAAUGUCUAGCAGACCCUGACCACUCUCUCAACCUCGACAAAUUAGAAAUUAAAUUGGGACGUAAUUUAUCUAUUGCCUUCUGCCACUCCUGCCAUCUACCAACCAAUGGAUUCGGCUAUCGUUGCAAUAGCUGUUCCAAACUUACUGACAUCAUCUGUUGCUUGUUACCAGACAAGAUCAAACACGAUAGCCACAAGCACGCCUUGGUCCAGCAUUUUAAUCAUCCUUCAUUCAAAAUGUACCAAAACAUUUGCACCGCAUGCUUAGCACCCGUGCUGGAUGGAUUCGACUACAGAUGUGAAACAUGCAUCGACGUCCAGAUCCAUCAGCAUUGCGCGAUGCUAUAUCCAAAAUCCAUUACUCACCGCUUUGACUCGCACACAAUCUCUCUGCUAUAUCCUCCAAUAUAUUACAAGGGCAUUAAAUACUGCGAGAUCUGUGAGCUUCAAGUCAAUCCAGAAGCUUGGUUGUAUUGGUGUCGCCACUGCGACCAAUGUUUCCAUCCUAAUUGCAUUCGGGCAUGGCAUAAUAUGAAGCUUGGCGACAAAAUAUUUAAUGGCGGAAUUCACCGCCAUAAGUUAACAUUAGUGGCAAUAGACAAAGAUCGAUACCCUCAGCGUAUUCAUAAAUCUCUCGCGUGUAAUCAAGGACAUGAUAAUGGCAGCAGUCUGGACGUCUACUUGGAGUGUGCUGGUUGUUUUUUUAUUUUGUAGAUCUUGUAAUAAAACCCAAGGUACGUCUGGUUCAAGGUUAACGAGCCCGGUUACCUCAACUCGGAAUCCAAUUAGCGAAAAUCGGAACCCAGUUAGUGAGAAUCGGAACCUCGACCCCAUAUCUUGGUAUACCCCUUGGGAUAUUUCCCGAUUCCAGUUUUAAUCUACCAUCUAAAUGCCCCCUGGUUGU